AUGUUGAAGUCCGAAACAAAGAUUGCGGUCAAGUUAAUCAUAUUGUCAGUAUUUAUCCAUAUGUGGUCGCCAGGCUUUCAAUUUCUUUCGAAUCAGUUCACUUACUAUAGAUUUCUGAGGGAUGCAGGUUUGCCUUAUGAACCACCCACAAAAAAUAAAUCCCUUCCUGAUCCAGAUAAGGAACUGAGAGAUGAAGUUCAAAAGAAAACAGCACAUUUUGUCCCACUAUUGAACAUUGCUCUAUUGAUCCCCGGAAUCAUGUCAUCAUUCAUCAUUAGUUCUCUCUCUGAUCAUUAUGGUCGACGUGUAGCAAUGGGAGUUUUAUGUAUUGGUUUAACCUCGAAUGCAAUAAUUUCAUCCUUUGUAAUUUUGCUUGAACUGAAUAUAAACUUUUUAAUUCUGGCAUGUUUAAUGUGCGGUCAGAUAUCAGUUUGUUUUGCUGAUAUUACAAAGAUUCCCAGUGAAGAAGAGCAAGUACUAGUUAACUCUAAAAAUCGACAGGCAUCAUUGGAACGCCGUCGUCUUUUGUAUUUGGGUGUUUACGAUGGUAUUUGCGUUCUGUCAUCAGCUGGAGCAGUCACUGUCACAGGUGUGCUGAUUGAUCACUACGGAUUUGUAGCAACAUGCUUAGUACUACUAUCUCUUUGUGCUUUGUCCAUUGGUAUUCUCUGGUGUUUACCGGAAACCCAGCUUAUUAAUGUCCAGGUGCAUAGCCCUCCAGUUGUUGGUGAUAAUCUCGGUGCUGAUGUAUCUCCGUGUAUAGAUGUCAAUCACAAUGAUGUUCAGUUUCUUUCCAAUGACCAGUUAGAAUCAAAUAAUAGUUGGUUGUCAAAAUUAACUUCGAUGUUUUUUUUAGUCCGUGAUGCCAAUGUGACUACUAUUUUCGUCAUUGUAGUUUUGUUUUUAACAACUCUAACUACUUACGGUGAAGGGCAGUAUACAUUUUUGUACCUUAUGGGACCUCCGUUUAAUUGGUCAGUGGAUCAGUAUGGAUAUUAUAGUGGGAUUAGUAAUGCUCUUCUGGGUUUGCAGAGUUUUCUACUGAUUGUAUUAACCAUUCGUUGGAUGAAAGUAGUUAAACAGCAUCGACCGAGUGAAUCUACACAUGAACCACUACUUACUAACCAAUCAGUUUCAAGUUACGAUUCUGUACAUGAAGUGGAUUCGGUUGAAUUUACUAGUAAUGGGAGUACAAUCAAUCCUGUUGUCCAGAAUCAAGUAUUACGUGCUCGUCGUCGUACGAUUAAAUAUGCAUUACUUGGAAUGUUCUCAAUUGUUGUUAGUAAACUCCUCAUGGGGAUAGCCUACUUGUUAUCUUAUCCCGGCCACAAUAUUUUGAUAUUAGUUAGUCUAAUCAUUUGUACUUUUAGAUCAGCUGUUGUACCAGUACUGAAAUCAUUUGUAUCAUCUAUUUACACGUCUAAAUUACAAAGUCGUCUAUUUUCUGUGAUUGCUGUAUCCGAAUACUUGGGUCUUUUAACUGGCAUGGCAACACUGCCUUUUAUUUAUGCUGCUAGUGUCAGUUACUGUUCGGGUACAGUGUUCAUUGUAUCCUCAGGUUUGGCGUUGAUUGCUUUUGUACUGUUACUGUAUGUGUCUCGUUACACUAAGGGUGAAAUUCGAAGAAUUAAUCUCAAUUAG